AUGUUUGGCGGAGAGUUUUCGUCACCGAAGCAGUCGACAUUCUACCAUUACGGCGACACCUGGAUCCUCGAUGCGGAAACGAAGGAAUGGCUGAAGGUCGACCAGAAAAGAGGUCCACUGGCGCGAUCGGGACAUAGGCUUGCCGUGUGGAAGAACUACAUUGUGUUGCAUGGCGGAUUCCGGGAUUUGGGCACCAUGACCACCUAUUUCGAUGAUGUAUGGGUAUUUGACGUGACCGAGUUCAAGUGGCAUCAAGUCGAGUUUCCUCCCAACCACCCCAUUCCUGAUCCACGCUCGGGCCACUCGAUGAUCCCUUGCGCCGAUGGCGCUGUGAUAUAUGGAGGAUACACCAAAGUCAAGGCGAAAAAGGGGCUUCAAAAGGGGAAAGUCUUGAACGAUUGCUGGAUUUUGAAGAUGAAGCAGGAUCCAAAGGGGAUCAGGUUUGAACGCAGGAAAAAACAGGGCCAAUUGCCCCUGCCCCGUGUUGGUUGCUCCUUGGUUUAUCAUAAAAAUAGAGGCAUCUUGUUUGGCGGAGUUUAUGAUUUUGAAGAAAGCGAAGAACAGUUGGACUCGGAGUUUUAUAACCAGUUGUAUUCGUAUCAUACCGAGAGUAAUCGGUGGUACAAUAUGACCUUGAGACCGCAGCGGAAGAAGAAGGAGACCAUCAAGGAGAAAUCACGAGAUGAAGAUUUGGAGGAUAUAUUGAACUCGAUCUUGGCAAAGGCAAACUUGAAUGAUGAAGGCGAGGACAAAGACGAUAAUGGUGGAAAUGGCGGAAAUGGCAGAAAUAGUGAAAAUGGUGGAAAGACGAAGGAAGCAUCCGACGACGACGACGACGAUGAGGAGAAAAAGAACCAACUCAAGGAGUAUCCAGUGCUUAAUCAAUUGCCUCAUCCGCGAUUUAACGCAGCUACCUGCGUCGUGGACGACACCUUGUACAUAUUUGGAGGCAUAUACGAAAAAGCAGAGCAAGAAUUCAACAUGGACUCGUUUUAUGCUAUAGACUUGGGCAAGCUAGAUGGUGUUAAAGUGUUGUGGGAGGAUUUGUCUGAGUUGGACAAGGCGAUCGAAGACUCCGAUGAGGAAGACGAGGACGAUGAAGAUGGAGAUGAAGAAGAUGAAGAUGAAGAUACAGAAAAAGCAAAUGAGGCAGAAGAUGAAGAAGAAGAUGACACCCCCGAGGAAGAACUUGAGGAAGAGUCCGAGGACGAGCCCGAGGAAUUCCCAGAUCCACGGUCGUGGCUCCCACACCCUAAACCAUUUGAGUCACUCCGUGCCUUUUAUGCUCGAACUGGAGCUCAGUUCUUGGAAUGGUCCAUUUCGAGCAACAGAGACAAGCGUGGUAAGUACUUGAAGAAAGCCGCGUUUGAUCUCUGCGAGGAUAGGUUCUGGGAGAGAAGGGAGGCUGUUUCCAUCGCGGAAGACAACUUGGAACAGAUGGGUGGAGUCGGUGAAGUCGUCGAAAAGGAUACUUCCAAACCAACCAAACGUAGGUAA